AUGCUCCUGGAGGGCUCCGGGCGAGCAGACGAGGGCGGUUCCCGCACUGCUCGCCCAAAGACUUUUCGAGCGGAGAAACAGAAACUGAGCCCGGAGGCACCGCCCCCACGCCCGCACCGGAGCCGCACCGGGCUGCGGGGCCUGCGGGAGGGCGGCCCCGGGCUGGAGCCGCUGCUCCAGGCGCUCGGUCAACCCCGGCCGCCCUCCCAGCUCGGCCCGCUGCUCUGCAACCUCAGCCAGCUGCCCGAGGGCCGUCGUGGGCUUCUCGAUCGCUCCCGGUGCUCGGUGCAGCGGCUGCUGCCCUUCACACAGUACCAGGACUCCGUUGUCCAUCGCCGGGGAGUCGUGGGGGCACUGAGGAACUGCUGCUUCGAGUACGAGGACCACGAGUGGCUGCUGAGUGAGGAGGUCGACAUUCUGCCCUUCCUCCUCCUGCCUCUAGCAGGCCCUGAGGAAUUUCCUGAGGAUGAGAUGGAAAGGCUGCCCGUGGACCUGCAGUACCUGCCGCAGGACAAGCAGCGAGAGGAAGAACCUGACAUCCGGAAGAUGCUGCUGGAAGCCAUCAUGCUGCUCACAGCCACCAAGGCCGGCCGGCACAUGGUGAGGGAGAAGGGGACUUACCUGAUCCUGCGGGAGCUGCACGGCUGGGAACGGGAGCCUGCCGUGCUGGCUGCCUGCGAGAAGCUCAUUCAGGUGCUGAUCGGGGACGAGCCUGGCCCAGGGAUGGAGAACCUGCUGGAGGUGAACAUCCCUGAGGAGGUGGAGCAGCAGCUGCAGCGCCUGGAUCGGGAGGAGGAGGAGGAACAGGAGCGGUGGCGGCAGGAGCAGGAGGAGCGGGGCUCGACGCCGCGUUCUGAAGAGCCGUCGCGGUGAGGGGGGGCUGCUGUGCUCGGCCAGGUCGCCCACAGGCUGCGGCUCCCGUGGUGCGGGGACCUUUGCCGGGCCCCUUGGGGCAGUGGCUUGGCCCCGUUUUCCCCGCUGCUUCUGAAGCAAAUUUGGGGUCCUGCUGGGCAGGGGUUCCCCCUUGCCUCGCGCAGCUCCGUCGCUCCUGUUGUGGAAGAUUCGGGAAGGGGCUGUUGUUUCCUGCCCCACGCCGUGGGACUGUCCCACUGCUGGCCCCGGGAGUUCUCCCGAGGGCUGAGCUGCCACAA